CAACCCUAAAGCCAAAACCGACGCAAAAGCACACUCGCCUCUUAUAGUGCAGCACAAUGCAGCCCAUCGACGACAAGGAGGAGACGGUGGUGAUCCGGGCCGUGAGCCACGACGAGGAAGGCAAGAAGAAGGUGGAGAAGACCGAGGUCAACACCCACAACGUCGACACCCUCAGGUACAUCGAGAAGAAGCUGAUGGACAAGGGCGUGAUCCGGAUGGAGCGCCACCCCGUGGACGGCAUCGGGAUAGGCCGCCCGCCCCCGAAGUCCGGCCAUGGCGGCAAGUACACGUGGGAGGGCCCCGACAGCAUGGUGGAGGCCGAGCUCGAGCCGGUGCCCCCAGCGAUCGACGAGAGGGACCCGAACUACGUGGACGAGGAGGCCGAGGGGAGGAUCCUUAGAGGGGAGGUGAGCGACGUCGCGGCCUACGUGGCGGGCGACGUGGAAGUGCCCAAGGCCGAGGAGGUUGGCGUGGCUAGGAUCGACGUUGACCCCAAGUUACAAGUCAACCUUCAGUAGUUAAAUUAGCCAAUGGCUUCUGAUGUUUCACAUGGGUUAAAAAAUAUCAACUUUGGGUCGUG